AUGGCGAGUUCGUCAAGCAGGUUAGCCUGCUGCUUGUUAGUAGCUGCUGUUCUUGCGGUGGCCAUGGCGGCGACGACGUGCAUGGCGCAGAACUCGCGGGAGGACUUCGUGAACCCGCACAACGCGGCGAGGGCCGAAGUCGGCGUCGGGCCGGUGAGGUGGGACGACGCGGUGGCGGCGUACGCGCAGAGCUACGCGGAGCAGCGGCGCGGCGACUGCCAGCUGCGGCACUCGGACACCGGCGGGAAGUACGGCGAGAACCUCUUCGGCGGCGGCGGUGGCGACUGGACGGCCGGCGACGCCGUGGCAUUGUGGGUGAAGGAGAAGCAGUGGUACGACCACGGCAGCAACAGCUGCUCGGCGCCGGAGGGGAGCUCGUGCGGCCACUACACGCAGGUGGUGUGGCGCGACUCGACGGCGAUCGGCUGCGGCCGCGUCCGCUGCGACAACGGCGGCGCCUUCAUCACCUGCAACUACUCGCCGCCGGGCAACUACGUUGGCCGACCGCCCUACUAA